UCACUUUUCAGUGCUGAGUGCCAUCGUGAUGUUUCGCUUACACACACUCCUCUUUAUUGUGCUGGCAUGUUCCGUGCAAAGAGCACUUGGAGGGGAAAUUAUUAACGGAAAAGAAGUCCCGCCAAAAUCAUUGCAGUACAUGGCAUCUGUGCAAAACGACGGGAAACAUUUCUGUGGCGGAUUUCUUAUCAGAAAAGACAUUGUACUUACUGCUGCCCACUGUGACUUCAAAAAGAAGACCAAUGUGACAGUAGUUCUCGGAACCAAUGACCUCCGCAAAAUUGACGAGAGCACAAUGAGAUACAACGUCAAAAAAUGCAAACACGCAGACUAUAAGAAGCCUUUAAAUGGGAGGGACAUAAUGAUGCUAAAACUGUCAAGACCAUCAAAAAUAAAACCAAUUAAACUUCCAAAUAAGAAGAUGAAGAUCAAGAAGAACACCACAUGCCUUGUAGCCGGAUGGGGUUUUAUCGAAAGUGGGGGCCCUACUGUUGAUAAACUCAGAGAGGUCGAAGUUGCUACUAUUGACCGGAGGACUUGUCAGCGGGAAUGGUCUAAAAAAAACUAUGUUCUCCCAGCAAACAUUAUCUGUGCAGGUGGAUAUGGGACAAAGAAAGGGGCUUGUCAGGCGGACUCUGGAGGUCCUCUGGUGUGCAACAAGAUGGCUGUUGGAAUUGUAUCGUUUAACCUAGGCGCAAACUGCUCAUACCCAAAUGUACCUAACAUCUAUACUGACAUAUCCAAGUUUGUUGCAUGGAUUGAUUACCCCAAAAAAAGAUGUCAGAUUUGAUGUGUGUAUGCAUUAAGGAAAAUGUUAGAUCCACUGUUUCUAUUUUCAAUCUAGUCGAGAUAAUUAGGCCUUUCUGAACAUGAAAAAUAA